ACAGAGACUCUCCAUCUCCAUCAAUCAACAUAAACCCUAGAAACUAGAAACAAAGAAAGAAAGAACGAAACCAAAACCUUCUCUAAUCUCGUUAUCUUCUUCUGCACCACAUUCCUCAAAUAUGGCCAAAAAGAAACUGUCCCACCAAUCCAAACACGAACAACAAGUUCCUCAACAACCACUCUCUAUGGAUGAUUCCACCGAGAAGCUUCAGAGCCUUAAGGACCUCAACUCCAUGCUUCUUAAAGAGACUGCACAUCGCAGACAACAGGUUCAGUCUCUUCUUGAAUCCAAGGAAGCUCUUCAAUCUGCGCUUAACCGUUCCUCAAUGCAGCAGAACGCCUUGCAUUCUCACCUCGCCAUGGCCUCUGAUGACGCCGUCCUUUUCGAGAUCCAAAACCUCGUUGCUUUUGUUCUCAUGGAGCAGCAGAUUCGGGAAUCCGGUCACCGCUUCGCUGCGUUGGUCGCCGAGAGGAACGAGAUUGACAAGCUCAAUGCCUGCCGUGAGGCUGAGAUGGAUCAGAUCAAGGCUGAUUUCGACGGUGUUGUCGCCGAUGCGAAUGCUUUGAAGGAGAAGCUUUUUGAGAGCGAGAACAAUGAGAGUAAGCUUAGGGAGGAGGUGAAGAAGCUGAAGCUGGAACAGGAGAAGAUGGUUGUUGAAGGGAACAAGAAAGAAAAAGAGUUUGGGAAGGUGGUGAAGGAGAGGGACUUGGCUCUGGGAUGCUGUUUUGAAGCUGAAGAAUGCGAAGGAGUCGAGAAUCAGUGAAAUGGAAGUGGAGAUGAAGCAACUCAAGGAAUCAUUAUGCGGUUUUCACGAGGAAGAGGCAGUGAUGAGAGCUAAGAUUCUUGAAUUGGAAGGGAGUCUGGGAUUGGCUGAGGAGAAGGAAGAGGCAAUGGAAAUGGAGAUUGGAGCAUUGGCAAAGCAGAAGGAGGAGAUAGAGGUGAAUGUUGAGAUGUUGAAAGAGGGAAGAGAUAGCCUUCAAAAGGCUCUAGAUAAGGUUGAGAGAGAAUUGGAGGAUAGGGGGCAUGAGAUUGAUAUGCUUGUUAGGGAGAAGAAUGAGAUUGAGAUGUUGAAAGUUGAGCGCGAGAGUGAAAUUGUCGAGAUACAAAGAGAAGUGGACGGAUUGAAAGAUGUUGUGCUUAGGUUGAAAGCAUCAUGCAGCGAUUUUGAAGAGAGAAACAAGCACUUGCUAUCUGAGGUGAAUCAUUACAAGGAUUCCAUUGAAGAGGUAAUGCUUGAGAGGGAUGAGGAGAAAAACAAAGUGAAGAGCUUGGCAUUGCAAGUUGAGGAAAUGGCGAGCGAGUUAAGCCAGAUGCUAAGUGAGAAAGAGAAGCUAGUUGAGAAGAACAAGACAAUUGAAAGCCGCGUGGGUGUAUUGAUGAACGAAAUGGAUACAUUGCAGCAGAGCAUUGUGGAGGCAAGGCGAGUCUCUGAAGAUUUGAGAGCCAAGGUUGAGUUUUCCAACAACAAAUCAAACCAGGCACUUGCAUUGUUGAAGAGUACUGCUGCACUUGUGUGUCAGUACAAUGAGAGUGUAGCGGAAGUGCUAUCUAUUGAGCAGAAGGCUGACGUAGAAGUGCAACCUUAUGUUGAACAACUGAAUGCAAUCAAGAAGGCAUUUAGGAGCAAGAACAAGAUGGUGGCUGAUUUGAAGCAGCAACUUGAGUUGAUGCAUUGCUCUGUGGUUUCAGCAAAUAAAAUGAAAAGCUUGUGGACAGUUGUAUCCUCUGCAACUACAAUUUUGGCUGCAGCAUUAGCUGCCUAUGUUGCCAAAGGGCACUGACUGGGUUUAGGGUAGUAACAAGUACUUGGGCACUCUUGAAUCAUAUAUAAUCCAUUAUUAGAAAGUCAUGGUUGCCCUUGUUAUUAGGUAAAAAACCUGAGCAAGUAUGUCAACUAAUUAGUACCAUGAAAUUAGCAUUAUGCUGUUGUAAUUUCUAAUUGCUUACCUUCCUUCAGUACA